AUGUCGAAUAAGUUGCGUUUGGUGGCGUUGCCGAUCAAGGCAACAACAGCGACAACGGCCACGCCGCAAAUCACGCUUCUCUCCCAGCCGCCUACUGUGGCGCUGCAGGAGAACUACCUCACCAAGACGAUCAACUGGUGCGAUAGGCAGUGGAACAAGCUGAGUGAUUCGGCAGACGGUCACUGGAAGAAGCGCGUGUGGAAUGGUGGCGAGAGCGUAAUGGAUAGAGUGCCAUACACGGAAUGGGCGCUAAAACACAUAGAGCCUGGCCAGAGCGUGGCCCCUAACAGCACCCACAAACUGGACAUCCUCUACCCCAAAUCGGUGAUAUCAGACAAAGACCUGCUCAACAUGGUCAAAGCGAGUUUUAUCAGCAGAGCCGCUAGACAUCGCAGAUCCAUGUGGAUAGCCCUCUUCAUCGCUCCAAUCACCCUCCCCGUUGCUAUCAUACCCGUAGUGCCGAAUCUCCCGCUUUUCUAUGUCCUCUGGAGAGCCUGGUCGCAUUGGCGAGCUCAUCGCGGAGCUGUCUAUUUGGGCAGACUACUCGCUAACAACCAACUCAACCCGCGUGAGUCGGACGAGCUGGAUCGGUUCAUAUCAACCCACCCCAAUCUCACUACUAAGGAUAUCAACACCCUUUCGAAAAUACUCAAACUCCCGCCGCAAGCAACCCUCGAAGCCCAUAGAGCAGUGAAGCAGAUCGAUAGCGAUAGCAAGAGGCAAGAGUAG